GGCACAACUACCAAUUUUAGGAUGAUGAAAAUGUUAUUAUAUGCGUGACUAACUAGUAGAGCAUGUGCACGUACCACUAGAGAGAGUCCUUGUCUUCCACUUGUUAAUUAUGAUUAGAUUCCAAUUUUCCAGUAAACAAUGCAGUCCUAGCCUCUAACUAAGCCGGAGAUUCAACACACUAUCAAAAAUUCAAAACCACAAGCCUUAACUAUACUCAACUAUCCAACUCAAGAAUUUGAUACACAUACAUUCGACCGAAAUCUGUACUGCAAAAUGGAUUCUGGAGAAAAGCGUCUGAAUGAGCUUGGUUAUAAGCAAGAACUGAGGAGGGAGAUGACGCUGUUGAAAACACUGGCAAUAACCUUUUCAUGCAUAUCAGUAUUUUCUGGUACACCUCUCUAUGGCCAAAGCUUGCGCUAUGCAGGUCCUGCGACCUUAAUAUGGGGUUGGAUAGCUGUCACAUUCUUCACAUGGUUUGUUGCAAUCGCCAUGGCUGAGAUUUGCUCCUCUUUCCCAACCACUGGUUCUCUUUACUUCUGGGCUUCCCAUUUGGCUGGACCCAGGUGGGGCCCGUUUGCUUCGUGGUGCUGUGCUUGGCUUGAGACCAUUGGCGUGAUAUCUGCAAUAGGUGCUCAGGCGUAUUCUGCAUCACAAGCAUUGCAGAUGAUCAUCCUUAUAGCCACAGGAACAAACAAGGGUGGAGGCUAUUUUGCAACAAAGGAAGUUUUUUUGUGCAUGUAUGUGGGUCUAAUCAUCAUAUGGGCAAUACUAAACACAUUUGCCCUACAAGUGAUAGCAUUUCUCAACAUAAUUUCCAUAUGGUGGCAGGUACUUGGUGGUUUGCUUGUGAUUAUAAUGCUUCCUCUGGUGGCACAGACGACACAGUCAGCUUCUUAUGUCUUCACACAUUUUGAAACUUCUCCUGAGUUGACUGGGAUAUCUAGCAUACCUUAUGCAGUGAUUUUAUCAGUUCUUCUGAGCAUCUACUCUCUAUACGGUUUUGAUGCUGCAGCUCAUCUUACUGAGGAGACGAAAGGUGCAGAUAGAACUGGUCCUAUAGCCAUUCUAUCUAGUUUUGGGAUUAUAUCAGUGCUUGGUUGGGCUUAUUACAUAGCUCUCACAUUCAGCAUCCGGGAUGUGGACUAUUUGUACAAUGUAGACAAUGAGACUGCUGGUGCACUUGUACCAGCACAGAUAAUAUACGAAGCAUUCUAUGGGAGGUUUCAUAAUUCAAACGGAGCUGUGGCUUUCCUCUGUAUCAUCUGGGGUUCCUACUUCUUUUGUGGGUUGUCAGUUAUCACCACAGCUGCCCGAGUAGUUUAUGCUCUAUCAAGGGAUAAUGGCAUCCCCUUUUCACCAAUUUGGAGGAAAGUGCACCCAAGAAGCAAGGUCCCAACAAAUGCAGUGUGGCUCUGCGCAGCCAUCGGUAUCCUGCUAGGAUUACCCAUCUUGAAACUUGACUUGGUAUUCACAGCCAUCAUUUCAGUUAGUACAAUUGGUUGGGUGGGUGGUUAUGCAGUACCUAUUUUUGCUAGGCUGGUGAUGGUUGAAGAGAAAUUCAAAGCAGGACCCUUCUAUUUGGGCAGAGCAAGCAGGCCAGUUUGCUUUGUGGCCUUUGUGUGGAUAUGUUAUGCAUGUUCUACCUUCUUAUUGCCAACUUUCUAUCCUCUUAGAUGGAAAACUUUCAAUUAUGCACCAAUUGCUCUCAGUGUUGUUUUGACACUGAUAAUGAUUUGGUGGGUUUUGGAUGCAAGGAAAUGGUUCGAAGGACCUGUGAGAAACAUUGAUUUACCAGAGAGAAACUAUGAGAAUCCUCUCAUUCAGACAAAUGACCAGAAGUAGCGAAGAAAGAGGUUCUACUCUAGCUCAUCAUGUUGUUUAAUUUUCUUUAGGCUUGAACUGGAUAAGUGCAUUGUACAUUCAAUUGAAGAAGGCUGCAUGUUGUUGGGGAUGAAAAGAGGAACAACUGCAAUAGUGUAAAUGUGUAAGCCAUAACUAGUAUUGCAGCCAACCAAUUUGUCAUCUCUAAAUUACAUGGAUCAAACUUGAUCAGUAUAAGGAUUAGCAGAAAAGGUUGUCUUGUUAAAGCGCUCCAAAUCUGUUAGAAUAAAGCUCCCACCAAACCAACAUUUUUAUGCCUUUUCCAUAUGGCCGGAUUAAUUCAUCUUCUUUCACCA